GAUAAAGGACAAGAUGCUUAAGGUGUUUUAAAAUUCAGUAUACCUAGCAAUAAAAUAUUGAUAAAACUGAGAUGGAUAAGUGUCAAGUAAUUUCUAAUGAGCAAGGAAACGUGACAAUAGACAACUUAACCAAUGUCAACAGCAUUCCUUUCCGCAUACGCGGCAUACAAACGGAACAGGUUCUCACAGAAGAUGUGGGCAUUCAAUGCAAGCUGGACGAGGAAGACGAUGAAGACGAUGAAGAUUGGUUUACGUCAAAGCCUGCAAUAGAAUCGACUGAGGACACAAAUGAAGAGACUAAAUUUCGUUUGUACGUUAGCCAGCGCACCAACCAGUUUCCCAAUGGCAUGCUCGGGUGCCUCCUAUGUGGCGAAGUGGCCAAAGAGUUUGUGAAGCACCAGCGUCAUAUGGAAUUGCAUUAUGGACCUCAAACGCUAUGCUCCGACUGUGGCCAACUAAUCAAACAUGAGCAUUUGCUCGAGCAACAUAAGUACCGUUGCAGGGCACGUGCUAAUCCCAAAUCUCAGCCACAGAUGCACAUGCAGUGCCCCCAUUUGCAGUGCAGCUAUGUGAUCACAUCGAAGAGACAGCUCCGGUGGCAUCUGCGCAACCAUUUGACCAUUAAGGAAUAUCACUGCUUGCAGUGCCGUCAAAGAUUUAGCUCUUGCGCACAAUUUCUGGUGCACCGCAUGUUGAGCUCCACAUGCAAACAGGCCAAACACUAUUUUCUGAGCAAGAACUCGGCAAAGUCGCGUCACAAAUCGAAGAUCAAUCGCUGCUCCAUCUGCUUAAGACUCUUUAGCAAUGCUUAUCGCUGUUUGCUGCACAGUCGACGCUGCAUCCAGAAGUAUCAGAGGCGUCUGCGCCAGCUGCUGAUACGCCGUAAUAAAAUGAAUAAAUUACAUUUAGCUUAGUUCGUAUUUUUUAUUAACAAUAAUAAAGA